CAAGCAGAGAAGGCAAGUGGCACACGUCUGAGACCGCGAAGCGCCGCCGCGCCGCGGGGGGGUUUUUGAAGAGCGCGCAGGCGGUUAGAGUUGACGUCCGCGCCGGCGGGGGUGGAGCAGGCGCCACGUGUGUGCUUGGUGUUUUCGCCAAAGUUUUGGGAGUUGCCACCGGUGCCGAGACCGCCCCCGGUGCGACCGAGUUCCAGCGCGCCGGCACUCCGGAGUGCCCGCCACAGCACCCACUGGCCGCGCCGCUCGCCAGCAAAUGGCGCGCGCCUCGCUUCAAGGGCCAGGCAGCCUUUUUAAGGGUUGUCGGCGGGCCCGGUGAUUGUAUGAGAAACGCCACGCCCGAAGCGGCGGGCCCCUUCCCGGAGCCACCAGGCGCCCGCGGGCGGUGUCACCAAGUCAAUU